UGUGCAUUGCUGAAAGAGCUAUUCAGACAACUCUUCUUUUCCUCCAUUAAAACAUACAGAAGUCUAAAAAGCAUCAUUUCAGGCUUUUUACUCAACUGUAUAACAAAUCAUGGCUUCAGCACACGACAGAGCAGUUUUACAAACCAUCUUCAACCCUACCAGCCCUUUUGGAGAUAUCCCUGCGUUAAACCAAGAAGAUGAUCUGACGGAUGAUGACAGUGCUUUUGAGCCAGAGCUGGUAAAACAGGUGAAAGAUCUGGAACUGCAGGGAGUUUCAGCAGCUGAAUCUGGAGAUCUGCACGCAGCCCUUCAGCUUUUCAACCAGGCCGUAACGGUCCUGCCGCAAAGAGCCUCAGCCUACAAUAACAGAGCCCAGACCAAACGUCUACAGGGAGACACUAAAGCAGGUGCGGUGGAUGAUCUUGAGAAGGCCAUCUCUCUGAGCAGAGGCACGGGACGAACAGCAUGCCAGGCUCUGGUCCAGCGUGGGCUCCUCCUCCGGUUGACAGGUCGUGAUGAAGAGGCUCGUGUGGACUUCGAGAAGGCAGCGGCUUUGGGCAGCGAGUUCGCCCGGCAACAGGCUGUAAUCUUGAACCCCUACGCUGCCCUGUGCAACCGUAUGCUAUCACAGGUCAUCGAUAAACUACGCAACCCAGAGACAUCAGAGAUGCAGUAAAUGAAAAUCACAUGAGAAACCACAUGUAUAUCUUGUCAAUAAAACCAAUGCUUUUUUCAAA